AUGAAGGUCUGCGUCCGCGCGGCGCCCGCCGCGUCCCUGCUCGCGUCGGGACGCGUCCGGGCCGUCGCGACGCGGCCCACUGCGACUUACUUGCGUCCGGCGUCCAAGGCUGUGCGACCCGUUCGCGCGGCGCCACUGGGAGGGUACAUGGCGCACCGCGGGGCCCAGGUCCGAUACGCUUGGGACCCGCUGCCGCCCAUGAGUGCCGUCCUCGCCUCUCGACGCGCUUCGGUGCGCACGAACGCGAGCGCUUCCUCCGCCGACCCCUACGGCGAAGACAAUUCCGGAGGUGGCUUUCCUUGGCUUGGGAUGCUCGUGCUCGCCGCGGCGUGCGCGGCGGCGGUCGGCUUUGCUUACGCCGAUCUCGCGCCGAUCGUCGGUGCGGUGAACGCGGACAACCUUCUGCCUGCUCAGGACGCCGUUAGGGCCGCGGUUGUCACGGCGAAGACCGGAGCUGUUCGCGCUUGCGAUCUCACCGUUGAGAUGGCCCUCGACGCGUACGAAGCGGCGGGUGCGGGGGUGAAGAAGAUCGGCGAGAUCGCCACGGGCGCGGCUUCUGGCGCUAGCUCCGCCGCAUCUGGCACCGCCGCUAGCCCCAUCGCCGGGUCGCCGCUCGCGGAUGUCGUGGCCAAGACCAAGGAGGGUGUCGGGUACUUCGCGGCUGCGAUUGCAAACGGCGAGUGGGCGAAGAUCCUGAUGGCCAAGCCCUUCAAGUCCCUCGCCGCCAUUACCCUGACGGUGGUUCGCAUCGCCGUAUCAUGGUUCCUCUCCGGAGUCGAGUUUGCGUGCGCCAUGCUGUACUCCACGCCGGCGUACGCGGCUGUCGCGGCGGGGUUUGGAUUGAUGGUUGUCAACUCCCUCGUGAAGGCUAUUACGGGGCCGAAGAGGGAGCUGGCGACGGUGGGAGCGACCGUCACCACCCCCGCACCGGAGCGCGCGGCGCCCGUGCAGACUACCGCGGCGGGUGUGGUGAAGGCUGAGCCCAAGAAGGAGGAGCCCGUGGCUGAGGAGAAGAAGGUUGUCGAGGAGAAGCUGGAGGAAAAGCCAAAGAUGCCCGCCACCGCGGUGUUUGAGGCGAGCAGCAGGGUGAUGUCGGACAAGGAGAAGGAGGUGAUGAUGAACCGCGUCCAGGAGGCCAAGAGGCAGCUGGGGAUGCAGGACGACGGGUACUCGUCGCCCUCCGUCCGCGACCCGUUCCAACCGGUUUCCUCCUACAGCCCGGCUUCCUCCUACGGCUCGUCCGCGACGGGGUCUUCGCCCUCUGCGGACCAGUCCGAUGUGGAUCGCAUCUUCGCUGAGCUCACGAGCAAGUACGGGCUGCAAUCAUCGGGAUCCGCGCCUGCCAGGCCUUCCGCGGUGCCCAACUCGUACAACCCGCCGGCGAUGCCCUCCUACGGCUCCUCGUACCCGGACUCUACCGCGCCCCCCGCGGCGGCUAAGGGGUACGCGCUCCCGGCGACCGACUACGGCGACACGUCCUUCGAUGCCGACGCGUUCCUCGCGGCCUUCUCCACGGACACCUCGUACACUCCACCCGCCAGGGACCUCAGCCAGGAGUACAGCAAGUACACGUCGCCGAUGUCCUCGGUGGACUACUCGGCGUACACUCCCUCGGUGAAGGAGACGCCGCCGCCGGUGGCGUCGACCCCAGCUCCCCCAACUCCCCCUCCGGUGCCCAAGGCGGCGCCGAAACCCGUGGAGGCUGCGAAGCCCGCGGCGAAACCCGUGGAGGCUGCGAAGCCCGCGGCGAAACCCGUGGAGGCUGCGAAGCCCGCGGCGAAACCCGUGGAGGCUGCGAAGCCUGCGCCGAAACCCGUGGAGGCUGCGAAGCCCGCUCCCGUUCCUCCCGCGUCGGCGGCUUCCUCGACGAAGCCGGCCCGUGACAGGUUGGACCUGUCCAAGGUUGGGUCCAAGACGUUCAAGAACGUGGAUCUCGGGGGUAUUCUCGGCGGUGCGGCCAAGGUGGUGUCGGAGGGUGCGAAGCUGGGUCAGCAGGCGCUCGAGGCGGCGUCCAAGGAGGUUGGUAAGGGUGGUGUUGGAGGUGUCUCGUCUUCAACCCCGAGGGAGGCUGCGAAGCCUCCAGCCUCGGGCUCGGCGGCGAACGAGCGGGUUUUGAGCGAGAUGCUGGACGAGGGCACCGUGAUCAAGCGGAAGAAGCCCAAGGAUGAGUCUAAGUGA